ACCACUCUACCCUAGUUUUUUGCCUUCAACGAAUAACAAUUGAUAAUCAUUCCUCAGCAUCCAUCCAACAAAAACGACCCAACCAACAUAUUUACAUUCAUAUUCCCAUAUCUAUAUAUAUCAUUAGAGGUGGCGUUGUGAUAUGGCGCCGAGAGACAAGGCGGCGUCGGCCAACCCAGGUAUUGCAAAGGAGAUGCAUUUUCGGGGCGUGAGGAAGAGGCCGUGGGGGAGGUACGCGGCCGAGAUCAGAGACCCUGGAAAAAAGAGCCGCGUUUGGCUCGGAACCUUCGAUACAGCGGAGGAAGCCGCCCGUGCUUACGACGCCGCCGCCAGGGAAUUUCGAGGCGCCAAGGCGAAGACAAAUUUUCCUCUUCCCGAGGAACAUAACGGGAAUCUCAGCCAAAAUAUGUUGAGACUCACCACCGUGAACCUCAACCUUAAGGAUCAGAACAAUUUUGUGAAAACUAACAAUAAUACUAAUACUAACGUUAAUACUAACAAUGGAAGCCCAAGCAGCCAGAGCAGCACCGUGGAGUCCUCCAGCCGUGAGGCCUUCUCGCCGGUGGUUGCGGUGGCGGACUCCUCUUCUUCGCCGUUGGAUCUCAGCCUGGGCGGUUCGAUGAACGUCAAGUUUGCUUUUCCUAACCAGAACCAACAACAGUUUCGGCUCUCUCCCUUCGCCGGACGUUUCGCCGGAGUCAUGCAACCGCCGGCGGUGAAUGCUUCUCGGGCGUUCUUCUUCGACGCUCUCGCGCGCCAUGCAAUGGUGAAGCCUGACCACAGUGUCCUCAAUCCCCACCGGGUAACGGUAGCCGUGGAUUUUCUCGGCGUUGGAGCAGCCGCCGCCGCCGCAGCGGGAGCCAUUGGCGUCCAGAGCGAGUCCGACUCGUCCUCGGUCGUAGUCGACCUGAACCGGGCCGAUGUUAAGCCGCUAGAGACCAACUAUGAGCUCAACCUCGAUCUCGAUCUCAACAUGCCCCCGCCGUCGGAGAAUGCUUGACUCAAAUUGUCGGAUCGGCGACGAUCGGGAUUCUUUUCCGAUUCUGUUAAUUUUAAUUCUCAUUAAAUCCUUCCUCCGUAUAUCUCUUUUUUUUUUUUGGGAGAAAACCUUUGUAGAAAAGAGACCAAAAAAAUGUUGUAGGUGAAAAUAGUGGACGGUGAGAGCGAAAACUUUCCGGUGAUCAAUAUUUUGUCAGUUGGAAAUCACCGUUGGAUGUGAAUAGAAAAAACUAAUCCUUUACUUUUUUGCAACAGAAACAGAAACGAAUAGAAUUUCGUGCUGUUGUUUAAAA